AUGUCCCCCGUUCCCCCCGCCCUUGCCUUACGUUACACACGUGUUUGUUUCUGUUUGUGGUGUUUGUAUUUUUUAAGUCACCGUUUAUAAAAAAUGAAAACACUACUACAUAAAGAAGAGGUUAAAAAGAAACUAGCAGAACGAAAGAAAGAAGCUCAAAACAAACUGAAAGAGAAGCGUGCUCGCUUAGUAGUUAAAAAUUUAUCAUUUAAAGUAACACCUGAAAAGUUACAAACAUAUUUCGAGCAGUUUGGAAUUGUUAAAUCCGUAGAACUACUGAAAUACAAUGAUGGUAAGCUUAAAGGUUGUGGUUUUGUACAAUUUGAACUUGUACAAAAAGCAGCUAAAGCAAGACACCACACAAAUGGAAAGGAAUUUCUAGGAAGGGUACUUUCAGUUGAUUUUGCAAAGUCGAAAAAGAAAUAUGAACAACAAAUUAAGAUAGAAGUGAAAGAGGAGGAAAAUAAUGUGAAAGUGGAAGAGAACGAAAAACAACAAGACACUAUUGUAAUAGAAGAAAACAGUGAUGAUGAAUGUCCAAAAAGUGAAAGUGAGAUUGAAGAUGAAAAUGACAAAAUAGAAACAGAUGAUGAAGAAAAAAUAGAGGAAAGCUUUGAAGAUACUGAUCAAGUCAAAAAAUCUCCUUUUAUUUCAAAUGAUGUAACUGAAGGAAAAACUAUUUUUGUAAAGAAUGUGCCAUUUGAUGCAACAAAUGAAGAAUUGAAACAGUGCAUGCUGCAGUUUGGACGUGUUUAUUAUGCAAUUAUUUGUAUUGAUAAAUUAACAGAACAUUCCAAAGGAACAGGUUUUGUUAAGUUUGUGAACAAAGAAGAUGCUGAAAAGGCAUUGAAUGCUGGGACAGAAUUGAAAUUAUUAGGCAAUAUUCUAGACUGUCAGCCAGCCCUGGAUAAAAAUACUGUAAAUAAUAAAAUUAACCAUAUUAAAGAGGAUAAAAAACAACCUAAAGAUUCUAGAAAUUUGUAUCUUGUUAAAGAAGGAGUUAUAUUGGCUGGUAGCCCUGCUGCCCAUGGCGUCUCAGCCUCUGAUAUGGCCAAACGACUUCAAAUAGAACAAUAUAAAACUCAAAUGUUACGUAAUCUGAAUAUGUUUGUAUCAAAAGAUAGACUGGUAGUUCACAACUUACCUCCUAGUUGGGAUGACGAAAAGCUUAAAACACUAUUUAAAAAAUAUGCCGGUCCAGAUGCUGUUAUAAAAGAAGCGAGAGUUAUGAGACAUAUGCAAAAUGUGGAUGGCAAUGGAAUUGGACAAUCAAAGGAGUAUGGUUUUGUUAGUUUUACACAAAACAAAAAUGCUUUAACAGCACUUAGAAAUUUAAACAACAACCCAAAAAUAUUUUCACCGCAAAAAAGACCGAUAAUUACUUUCAGUAUAGAAAACAAAAAAAUUAUCAAAGCCCGUCAAAAACGGUUGGAUAAAUCCAAGCAAUAUAAUCCUUUAAGUAAAGAUUAUAGUCACGAAGAUAAGGGACAAUAUAAACGGAAUGGUAAAAUAACCAGAAAAGAUUUUAAACAAAAGAAAAAUUUCGACCGUAAGCAAAAUGAAGAACUUCCUAACUAUUCCGGCGUAACAACAAAACCUGGGACCGUGGAAAAAAUGAGAAGUAGAUACAAAUUAGUGGCGCAAGCUAAAUUACAUCAUGAAAACUUAAAAAAUGAAAAAAGAAAAGUAAAAAAAGCAGCAGAGAGGAAACAAGAGAUUAUUAAGCAACCUAAACAGAAAAUGAAUAAUCGAGUGAAUAAAAAGGACAAUUUUUCACAUCUAGUUAGUGAUUUUAAAAAAAAACUUGUAAAUAUACCUUCAGGGAAAAAAUCAAAGUGGUAUGAAUAA